CUCACGAAGAUAAGAUGUUGUCCUGUCUCGGUUGUCCCGUUCUUAGCCGGGUUCUCACCACUGGGGCUUCACGUGCCCCGGUUGCCGUGGUUGCAACUGGUGCAUCAUGCACUUCUGUAGCCGCCAGCUCUGCCUCUCCCCCAAACUCCAUGACACUUGUGCGAUACAACAGCAGCACAGCUCAACAGGAAACACCAAAGAAGACCAAAUUUGGACCUCUAGCUGACCAGGACAGAAUAUUCACUAACCUUUAUGGACGACAUGACUGGAGGCUGAAGGGUGCCCUGAGGAGAGGUGACUGGUACAAGACCAAGGAGAUUUUGGAUAAAGGAGUGGACUGGAUCCUGAAUGAGAUUAAGGUCUCAGGGCUGCGUGGCCGAGGAGGUGCAGGAUUCCCCACAGGGAUGAAGUGGGGCUUCAUGAACAAGCCCAGUGAUGGCAGGCCUAAAUAUCUGGUAGUGAAUGCUGACGAAGGAGAGCCCGGUACCUGCAAGGACAGAGAGAUCAUGCGUAACGAUCCCCACAAGCUGAUUGAGGGCUGUCUGGUGGCUGGCAGGGCCAUGGGAGCACGAGCAGCCUACAUCUACAUCCGUGGAGAGUUCUACAAUGAGUCGUCCAAUCUGCAGGUGGCCAUUAACGAGGCCUAUGCAGCAGGGCUGAUUGGCAGGAACGCUUGUGGCUCAGGUUAUGACUUUGAUGUGUUUGUGAUGCGCGGUGCGGGAGCGUACAUCUGCGGAGAGGAGACGGCUCUCAUUGAGUCCAUCGAGGGAAAACAGGGAAAACCUCGUCUGAAGCCCCCUUUCCCUGCUGAUGUGGGUGUGUUUGGCUGUCCAACAACCGUUGCUAAUGUUGAGACAGUAGCUGUGGCACCGACCAUCUGCCGUCGUGGUGGCACGUGGUUUCUGAGUUUCGGCCGAGAGAGAAACUCUGGCACAAAGCUCUUCAACAUUUCAGGCCAUGUCAACAACCCCUGCACGGUGGAAGAAGAGAUGUCCAUUCCCUUGAAAGAGCUGAUUGAAAGACAUGCAGGUGGUGUCCGGGGUGGUUGGGAUAAUCUUCUGUGUGUUAUUCCUGGUGGCUCUUCCACACCACUAAUCCCACGUCAUGUGUGCGACACCGUUCUCAUGGAUUUUGAUGCCCUCAUUCAGGCUCAGACCGGUCUUGGCACAGCUGCACUUAUUGUCAUGGAUAAAUCAACUGAUGCUAUUCGAGCUAUUGCCCGCUUAAUGGAAUUCUACAAGCACGAGAGCUGUGGGCAGUGCACUCCUUGCAGAGAGGGAGUGGACUGGAUGAAUAAGAUGAUGUGGCGCUUUGUGAAAGGCGAUGCACAGUCAGCAGAGAUUGACAUGAUCUGGGAGAUCAGCAAGCAGAUUGAGGGGCACACCAUCUGUGCUUUGGGAGAUGGAAUUCUUUGA